UUUUUUAGGCCGUCAGAGGUUCUCUUCUUCUCAUCUCAGCUCCAGACAGAACAUCAGAGAAAUAUGGUUGGUGCCUGGAUCUUAUUGUUUCCUCUCCUGUUAGGGGCGAGGGCAUUCAUGAUCCACAACACCCAGAGCAGCCUGUGUCUGGAGGAAUCUGCAGCUACAGGUGAAGUCCUGCUGAAGAACUGCAACCUGGACUCAGAGUCUCAGCAGUGGAUCUGGAUUGAUCAGGACAUGCUGAUGUGUGUUGAAUCAUCCAGAUGUUUGUCAGCCCUGCAGAAAGAGCCUGUUCAGGCUCGGUCCUGCCGGGGGUCAGAGGUAGAUGUGACGGGGUUGUUGUGGGACUGUGACAGGGGCAGACUGAUCAACAGGAACACCUCUAUGCUGCUGUCAAUAGAUGGCUGGCAUCUGGUUCUCACCCAUGACAGCAAACUCUCAAAGUGGAAAUCUCUGGAUGAAGGGGACAUCUGCCAGGAAAAGCACAGAUCCAGGAGGGCAUCUGAUGAUCUUGAAGAGUUUGAGGCUGCAAAGGAGCAGACAGGUGAUGCGGCGGCCAUGACGGAUGAACAGAGAGAAUACCUGCGCUGGUACUAUCGCACUGAGGACCCAACCAUAUGGACCUUUGUGCUGCUGGGACUGGCCUUCGUCUGCCUUCUUGUUGGUUUUCUGCUGCUGGGAAUGGGAGCCAUGGCCAGCAAGAGCAGAAAGAAGAUUGCAAAGUACAAGGCAGCUGCUGAUGUGGCUCAGAAAAGUGAGGAGCUGCGGCUCAUUUUACCGCUCAGAGAUGACAGCAGCAGCAAAGCAUCACCGUCACUUGAAAGGCCGAUGACGGGAAACAACGGGGAUGUGAGCGAGCUCAAAGCAGGAAACAUCGUGGUCACAUGGAAGGACGGCAACACGUCCUGCCUGUACUCUGAUCCCCCAGCAGAGGAGGAGAAACAGGAGGAGGAUCAGGAGGAGAAACAGGAGGAGGAUCAGGAGGAGAAACGGGAGGAGGAUCAGGAGGAGAAACAGGAGGAGCUGUCUGCUGAUGAGGCAGUGAAGACGAUGGAGUGAAGAGUCUAACAGCAGGUGUGAAUAAUGUCAGCCUGUAACACAGCAUGCUCCUCUAGAGGCAGCAGUUAGCAGCUUCCAUCUCAUAUAGCUGUUCCCCACCCACUGCUCCACCUCGUGAUGCUAACAGUGUGUACAACUUUGAUGGACUGCUAAUAUGAAGUUACAAAGCAUUAAAUCUGUAAAACCUGCUGACUCUCCACAUUCACAGCAGCCCGACAGUCCAACAGAUUAAUUAAUCCCUGAAAAGGUUAUGUCCACAUUCAAUGGGAAGGUCGAAAAAGAUCCAAAACAUUCCAUCAGUUUAAAUGUAGGCACAACGUUAAAGGGACAUACCGUAUGAGUAACAGAGUUUUGUCACAUGAGGAAGGUUGUUUAUGCCUUUGGCUAAAACUAAAAUACUACAUGUUAAACGG